AUGGAAAAGGAGGCCUUCAUCAGCUGGCUUCGUCGACCCUUGGCUACUACCUUCGAGGUUACCGCGGUUGCACACGCGUAUCAAUUCCAAGUCUCGUUGGCAAGUCGUUUUAAGGGUAUUACUAUCGCUACUGCUGGACACCCUAUCCUUCAGGCUCCAGCAUCUCCCGCGUUUGUCGCGCAAAGCGAAGCGCAAGGCGGAUCACAGAGGAAGAAGCCUCACAAGAGGGGCCACAUGAAAGGUCCUCGCAAUGCUCAUGGAAGCCGUCGUCCUCCGGGUUCGACUUGCCACCUGUGGUGGCAAAGGUCAUUGGUCCGGCAAUUCGGACUGAGUUCCGCCCAAUUCAUUCGACUGGCCAAAUGUCAAGAAUGA